UCUAAAUAAAUACAAAUAGAUAUGCCACAACAUCUCCUGAAGAGCAUAAUACAAAAAGGUUUACUUAAGAAUUCAAGACUGUUUAGAAAUUAUGCUCCAAAAACCAACGACGAAAUAUUCUUUAAUCAAUAUGAUCAAACAUUUAUGACUAAUUCAUUUGUUUAAGAUUGUCUAAAAUAACAAAAGUUAAAAAUCCCUGUAGAUUUCUUUAAGGAGAGCAGAUUCGAUGACUUUGCAGAAGACCUCAAUGAUCUCUAAGUAACCAGGAGUAAGAAGUAACAAUGAUAUCUAUACAUUUAAAUUAUUUUUCUAUAUUUU